GGCUUAUUGUUAGGGGGAUUAAGCGAGCAAAGCUAAUGAUUCAUGGAUGCUGGCUUUUUAUUGAUAAUAAAGAUAUGAAUUGCCACUUUAUAGAUGUGAUGGACCCUAUGAUGAUAAUCCAACAAAAUAGCUCAGAAUAAGAGGUGAUUUAACACUUUUGAACUUUCCAUCUAAUUCAUGUCUAUUUAUAUCUCCAAGUGAAUUUAGCAUUCUAUCAAACUUCACUCACCUUACAACAACUAUAGAGCAACUGUCGAUCUUGGUUGAAAAAAAGAGAUGGAUCUCGAUUCAAAUCCAACAAUUUCACAAGCACAUCCUGAGACGAUGGACUUCCUUUCGCGCACUUGGUGCAACUUCGCGGUUCAAGCUUUCCAGCCGGAGAUGCAAGAUCAUGCUCUCAUUCUACACGAAAACUCGAUCAAGAAUUUAACCAUCGACAAUAAACCACCUCUUCUGAAGAUGGAGAAGAGCAUGAAGAUGGAUGAUACAGAUAAGUCAAUUCCGCAAUGGAAAUCCAACGACGUCAAGUCGUGGAUAUGGAUGCAGCAAGCAAUGCAUCCAGAGGUGAAUUACAACAGCUAUUUCCAGAAAAAAUGGAUGCCAUGGAAAAUAGGACCAUUAAAGAAUGUGUCAAUCAAGAAAUGGAUCAAAGAAAUUAAGCAGAAGAGGAAAGAAGAGAAGAGAUUACAGAAAGCUGAAGUACAUGCAGCGAUAUCAGUUGCAGGUGUUGCAGCUGCCUUAGCCGCCAUCGCUGCUGAAAACUUGAACCAAGAUGAGUCGGGACGUACCAAGGAGUCGGCUGUGGCCUCCGCAGCUGCAUUGGUUGCAGCACAGUGCGCAAAAGUGGCAGAAGCUAUGGGGGCAAAACGUGAACAAAUUAGCAGUGUCAUUGGCUCAGCCAUGACUGGUACAAGCGCGAGCGAAAUUUUGACACUUACAGCUGCAGCUACGACUUCACUCAGAGGAGCAGAAACGCUCAAAGCAAGAUCUGGCUACAAGAAUAUAUUAAAUGGAAGCACACCAGUUCUCCCAAUUGAAGAUAGCAACGACUACAACUUUAACUACGAGAAGUGCAGAUCAAUUCUCUCCAAAGGGGCAGAGCUCUAUAUUGAGAAAUCAGACGGAAGAUCCAAGCUAAGGUCGGUGUCCAUUAUCUUAAAUAGUGAAGCUAAGGCUAUCCUAAGAACAAGGAAACCAACUAUGUUGAAGGCCUUCUCAAGUCAAAACGAAAGUGUUAUAUUAGACCUGCAUGCCGAGCUCUAUAAGGAUUCAAACGGAGCGGAAACUGAUAGUUGCUAUCUUAUUGUACUAACAACAAACAGGGGAGUCAUCAAGCUAGAUAUGAUGGAUGAUUACCAGCGAUACAGAAUUUGGUCAAUGACUAUUAACCAAAUGCUGACACUCUCUACUUCAUUUACAAAAUAUGACCUCCAGUUUUACAAAAGCUAAUCUUAAUAAAGACUUGUGGCAUCAGCAUAUCUGUCAGCAUGAAUUUUGUCUUGUAUAGGUUAUAGUAUUUAGCAACUUCCAAGUUAUCAGAUCUGUUAAUAGCUACAUAUCGGUUUCUUGUUUUUCGGAUUAGUUAACAUGUUUGUUGAUCGUAUUGUUUGCUUCAAUCUUUUAUGAUUUUUCAUUUUUCACCUUGUUCACUUGGAUAGCAGUUUCUUCAGUCAAUCAUAAUCAUUCUAUUUGAUGAAUUAAGUAACAUAUACUCCCUCCAUUUCAAUUUAUGCGGCACAGUUUGACUGGGAACG